AACAUGCAUAUGUGAUGCGGUGAUAGCAUUGAUGCGCUGCGCUUUGUGAUACACUCAUCGCGAAGAAGAACAGAGUCUGGCACAACAGCUCCUGGGACCUUUCGAAGCAGGUAGCGUAAAACGCUAAAGCGCCACCCAAUUCUUGUGCCCGCGCUUCUUACCGAAAAGAGGAAGAUGAGCUGCAUCUAGCUCGCAAUUGUUGCGCGACAAUUAUUCAUGGACUCUCGCAACGUUGGCAGUUUUGCAUUUUGAUAUCGCUCAUAAGCCGUGCUUAAUUUUCUCAGCCAUCGAAGGAAGCUCAAUAGAUGAAAUGACAUUUUCGUGAAUGGGAUUUUGAAGGAACACUUCAGCGAGCACGUGGCUUCUUCAGUGACGUCGAAGACGAAAAAAAAGGGGGCCACCGUAAUUUCAUCACUCCGCUUUGGAAGAAGACCAGAAGGAAGCUCUCGCCUACUCCGCCCUCAGAGAAGUUGAGAUGCAGCUUGCUCUUCUGCUGCUGUUGCCGCUGGCACAGGCGUCCGAGCCAUCCUACCGGCACGGAUCCUUGCUCAGGCACGUCGUAGCCAUCUUUCGCCACACCGACCGCGCGCCUCUCGUGACCUUUCCUGGCGACCCGAACAAGAACCACCCCUGGCCCUUGGGCUACGGGCGCCUGACGUCAAGAGGCCGCGCCAAUGCCACCGCCCUGGGUCGGUGGUUGCGGUCUCGCUACGCCGAGUUCCUCAGCGACGACCCGCGCGAGGUGGACGCACGCAGCAGCCCCCCUCCGCGCUGCUACGAGACGGCCGCGCUGGCGCUGUACGGCCUCUACCCGGCCAACAGGGAGCAGAAGGAGUGGCAGCCCGACCAACCGUGGCAGCCCGUGCCCAUCACGCGGGUGCCGGACGGCGUCGACAAGUACUCGACCGUGUGCGUGCCGCGCGUUCGGGCGGCCUUGCGGUCGCUCGCCGCUCUUCCCGAGCCCGUCUAUCUGAUCAACAACGUGACGUCGAGCAAGCCCUUAUUCGGAACACUCGGCUCGGUCGUGGGGUUCGUCGCCCGGAUGACCAACCUCAGCGAGGAGUCGUCCUCGCGCCGCUUCAUCACCGUCAACAAAAUUCUGGACUCGAUGUCCGUGGCGAAGGAGUACGGUUUGCCUGUGCCCGCUUGGGCUUCCCGGUAUUGGCGCCAUUUGCAGUGGGCCGCCCAAGCGACUAUGGAAGGGCUGUCGCGCUCUCAGAUGGACCACAUGGGAGGCGCACUGCUCCGCGAUGCCAUGGCCAAUGUCGCACCCACCGGCGAGGCGCCGUCGUCGUCUUCCCUCUUACGUGGUGAGCUCGACCCGAGUGACGAGCCCAAGAUUACGCUGCGAGCCUACCAUGAUGUCAACGUCGCGGGUAUCUUGCUUGGCUUGAACGGAACAUUCGGGAAAAAGCCUCCGUACGGUGCGGCGAUACUGGUGGAGGUGUUCACCUUAACUUCGACGGUGAAGCCCGACCUGUACGUGAAAGUUCUCUAUAAGGCCGGCGAUACUCUCUCCGCUUUAGCCUUGCAAGGGUGCAACGAGCCUUGUUCACUCCAGAGCUUCCGCGAACUAUUGGAGCGCAAAUUUAGACCAGUGUCGAGAACUGAGUGUGCAUGGAGUGAUCACCAACCUCUAGUGUGAAAGAAAAUUCCCUUUAUAUUAUGCGGCGCCGAUAGCAAUAAACAUCAGCUACUUGAAA